AUUCAUUAGAGACGGAGAGAAAAAAAAAACGCAAAAAUAAUGCCUUCUUCGCUGCAGUUCCAGCGAUCCGCCGAUGUGGCAAACGCCGUCGUGAGCUCCGGUCACGGUCACAGUUAUAAGCUGCUCGUCACACCGUUAACGAGAGUGUGCCUCACGCGCGGCAUGACGGACGUCCCGGAACACGUGGCGCUCCGGCACACGCGCGCUGUGGGUCCGACGCAGUGCUGCUCCGCGGUGGCGACUGAGAUCCACGCGCCUCCGUCGGCCGUGUGGGCCAUCCUCCGCCGGUUCGACAGCCCUCAGUCGUACAAGCACUUCGUACGGAGCUGCGACGUGGUGCACGGCGACGGAGUCCACGUAGGGUCGGUUCGGGAGGUCCGGGUCGUGUCGGGACUCCCCGCGGGGUUCAGCGUCGAGAGGCUCGAGGUCAUGGACGAGGAGCGCCGCGUCAUCAGCUUCAGCGUCGUGGGUGGGGACCACAGGCUCAAGAACUACAGGUCGGUGACGACGGUGCACGAGUCACCGGACGGGAAGGGGACACACGUCGUCGAGUCAUACGUCGUUGACGUUCCCGUCGAUAACACCAAGGAUGAGACCUGCAGCUUCGUCGACACCAUCGUACGGUGCAACUUGCAGUCUUUGGCCCAGCUGGCGGAGAACUCGACCAAGACUCCGUAAAAGAUCUCGUAAUUAUAAAACCCAUCCUUUCUUUGAUUUUUUUUUCAAAUAAUUCCAUAUUUUAAUAACUUUUAUAUAUAUUUUUUUGGAUUCUCGAUAUGGGUUUUGAUCAAGGAAUCAAAAUCCUUCGAGGGUUUUUCGUAAAAUUAAGAGGAAAAUAUAAAAGACUGUGAUGUGAGUUUGUUUGUUGUUUUUUCGAAGUUGGGAUUUGGGGGAUUUGUCUUACAUAGUACAUACGUAUGUUUGCCCCCUCUCCCUUCCUCUUGACCCCUUUGUACGUAUAGCUCUUGAAACUUUAUAACAAACAUCUUUAUUUAGGGUUUU